ACUAAUUUUUAAGAAAUAUAAACAAAAAUAAAAGUCCAACUACAAACCUUUUGUUCUCCAUUUUAAUAAAAGAAUGGAUACCUUUAAAACUGCAGAUAAAAUUGGACAAGUAAGAUCCCACGCAGCCAAAGAAUUAAAAUUAAGUUUUCCAAUAGGGAAACAAACAUCAGAACACUUUUUAGGCGGUGACCUGGAUCCAAAUUGCCUUUAUGAAUUUAGUGAUCCCCUUGUUCGCAUUGAAUACCCAGGACUAAUUAAAAACCCGGAGAAAGCCUUGGACACAUUAGGAGGUAUUCGGUUAAUUGAAAAUGCAAUUUACCACAGACAACCCUUGCAAAAAGAGAAACUUACAUUGAAGUUCCAUCCUAACAAUGUGUACAUGUUUGGCUGCCACUCUGACUGCCAUGAAGAGCUAGGAUUUCUUGUUAAAAUUAAGGAGAACUUGAGGACCAAAGAUAUCAGCUAUGAAAUAUUGGGUGCCACGAAUUUAGCCUUUAAAUUUGAGAGGAUGUGUGACUUUCAGUAUCUGCCUAUAAAGGAAAAAGAACCAAGUGAAAAUGGUGAAGUUAGUGAAUUCAUUUACAAUAAAAUUUUUAGAAACCAGCUUCCUACUUUAGAGUGGAUGCUCAAAAAUGACAGCCCUUUAUUUUUAGUGCCUGGUAGAUAUGCUAGGUUUGACCAGCCACAAAACUUAGUUCAAGCAGGAACCACAGAUUUAUUCAAUAAUAUUAUUAGAAAUUCAGGCCGCACAACUGAAACCAAAUCCCAGGCGCAACAAAAGAAACAGAAAGAGAGCGGAGUUAUUCAGGUUAAUUUUGGUGACAAUGUUGAAGUGCCACAAAAUUCAGCUCCGAAUGUCUUUGAUGUAAUUGCAGCAAAGAGUUUACAAGUUCCAUAUGAACGUGUCAAGAAGCUUUUUGAUGAAAGACCUAUAUGGAGUAAAGUGGCUAUUAUACACAAACUUGGAAUUACUUUAGAAAGUGCCAAACAUAUAUUACCAUGCUUGGCCUAUUACUGCAACCAAGGCCCUUGGAGAACUGCUUGGAUUAAAUUCGGCUAUAACCCUACAACUGAUUUUAACUCUCGUAUUUAUCAAGUUCUGGAUUGUCGAAUAGGUUUAGCUGAAGGUGCCCAACUAAAAAUUAGAACAAAAAAAGGAACCUCACGGGUAUUGGCUGAAGAAAAACAUGUUUCUUUAACAACUCCUCAAGAGUCAUAUUUUGUGUUUAAACCCAAUGUUAUUCCACCGGCCAGACAAAUGUUUUAUAUGUUUUGUGAUAUCCAUGUGCCAGAAAUACAGGAGAUGUUUAGAAAGUUACCAAAGUUGCCCCCUUCAGCCAAAUGUAGCCCCAUGAGCGGUUGGUUACCACUUAAAUUUCAUGAACAGUGCAGGGAAAUUGUUAGCAAAUGCAUCUUUAAGGCAGUACAUGAGGAGCUACUGAAAGAAAAAAGACAUCAGGCCGAACAAAAAGCUGAUAAAUCAAAUGUUGCCACUUACUGCAGCCAAAUGUUAAGUAAUAUAAGAAGAGGGGUGUCUCAAAGUGUUGGGGAAUAUUCUGGAAGUCAAGAAAACUUGGAGGAAAUACACGUUAGUGACAGUGAUGAAGAAAUAGGCGAAGCCCAAGUAGUCAAAAGCCUCCCUGAGCGACUGCCAGAAAAUUCCGAUGAUGAAGAUGAGAUAGAUCAAGAUGAUUCUGAUCUGGAUAUUGACAUGGAAGCCGUAGAGGAAGUAAAUGAGUUAGUAGGAUAUAUGUUUCCGGGUUAGUAAAUGUUAUUUCAAUAUUAUGUUUUUUAUUGUAUUAAACUUAGUAUAAACUUUAAGCAAAAAUAUGUGUUAUCAAAUAAAGUGGCAAACAAAUUACAUCUCAUUGGGACAGUAAUAAAAAACAUUUGGCAGUU